AUGAACGAUUAUUCAGAUGAUUCUACAGUCAAAUUGUAUCUCAAUAGAAGACGACCAAAUUCUCAACAACCACUCGGUCAAAUGCCGGAAUCCAAUAGUGAAUUCUCCAGCUAUUCAACACAAUUGUCAACUGUACAAGAAGCCACUGAAAAUCAAGAAAGACAAAGUGGAUAUUGGUCUUCCCUAUCACCACCUUCAGAUGUUGAACCUCAGAUGCCCGGAUCAGAUAACAAUUCACCCAAACCGCAAGCUCAACCGAGAUACAACCCUUCACUCACUAUCAAUACUACAGGUCAAUCUUCUCCUGAACGGUUCUCUUCCCCUUCGGCAAGAUUCACCGUACAACUUCGUAUUCAUGCGUCGGAUCUACCGGACGGGUCGGCGUUUGAUCCUGCCAGCGAGGCGAUCAUACCCCGUGCCAUACUGAGGGAAAGACAGAAUAAUGGCCAGCAAGUGUCAACAGGGACGAACGGUUCGCAGGAGUAUAGAAAGAGACUAUUGGUCAUGCCACGUAAUGCAACGGUGUUGGAGGCUAUCGAACAGGCGCUGGAGAGGUUUGGGAUAGGUGAAGGUGUGGUGGAUGGAGGAGAUGAUGUGGAUGAUCGUGCUGGUAGAAGGAAGAGCCAGGUCAAGGUUAGGUAUACUCUGUCGGCUUUGGUCAAUGGUCAAGGCCCGACGCUAAUUGUUACAGAACGCCGCCUGUCACCGUCUGGCAAACUUCUCGAGGCUUACAGCGCACCGCCCAAUCUUCGACCGUUGGAUCGAACAACGCCAGAACAACGACGCCGAUCUCGAGAUAUGUCCCAAGGACAAGCCCUUGGAUCUCUUAACGACCUCCUCCCCACUGAUCCUAUUUUUAUUCUUCGUCGUGUGCUUCCUCGCCCUGGUUCCAUGGGCCGUCCUGCACCAUUAGACGAUGUCGCUCUGGCUCGAAGCAAGUUGUCUUCUGCAUCCAACUCCAAUGCUCCUGCCCCAAAACUCAUUGCGGCUCAACGGGCGGCUACUCUGGCCAAUCAAAAGGCAUUGAUAUCGGCACAUGAGAACCAACAACAAGGUGUGGAUGUUGUCCUGCCUCAAAAAGGCAUAAUUCGUUCUUCCUUGAUAAUCGAUCCUGAACAAGGGGAACAAUAUCGAUAUUCCUAUCUCCCUCGUGACCCUCGCGACGGUCCAGAAGUGGAUGUCUCUGAGCUGUUGAGACAAGAAUGGGGUCCGGACGGUACUAAAGGUUCUCCGAACAUACCUCAAGCUCCUACAUUAUUACGCGCUCCGACCGAUAGCAGUGUGUAUGUCACCGCUCCCAGUACACCUAUGGAUGGUCUUCCCAAUGGUAAGAAUUCCGGAGGUAUACUCGAAAGACCAGAAUCAGCUAGCAGUACAGCUUCAAGAGAUAUAUUACAAACUGUCGUUGCUCGUUCUGGAGCUGAAAGAUUACAAGAGAAAUUAGAACGUAUGAUUGAACAAAUACCUAAUAAUUCGACUUUCUCCACAUCAACUUCUUCUUCCCUCAUUGCCAGUAUGGCAUCAUCAUCUUCCUUGGAUGAUAUCGAAAUACUUUCAGGUCGUAGUACACCUCAACCUUCAAAUGAUCAAAGUAUGAUUUCGACAAAUGAUAAAGGUCAACCUGAAAGACCUGAAAGAUCAAGUUCUAGAAUGGCACAAACUCAAGCUACCGUCAAUAAAAUUAUUUCUAGACAUAAACAACAACCUUCUAUAGCAUCAAUUUUAUCAGAAGUUUCAACACCACAUCCUGAUGAUGAUAGAUCUUCAACACCUAUAACAGCUACUUCUUCCACACAUCCUACACCACCAUUAUACGGAGCGGUUUUCACAAGAGCUGUAGCAAGUGCUAGUCCUACACCUCAACGUCCAGUGUUAUAUACGGAUGAUUUCGGUAUAAAAUCAAUGAUGGCUGUUAUUGAAGCUAGAGCAAGGGAAAUGAAACCUAAGAAAAUCAAAAGUAAAAGGAUAAGAAGAUAUGGUUCUGAUGGUUCUAAAACUUCAACAUUAUCUGAAUCUAGUUCAAAAGAAGAUGAAGAAGGGGAUGAAAAGAUGGAUGAAGUAGAAAGAAUGUUUUAUGGUGAGAAAUUACAAAUGGAUGAAUUAUGGCCAGAGUUCGUACCUCAUGCUAUGGGAAUACAAGGAAAGUUGGAUAAGAUGGAUAGGGAUAUAGAUGAUUUAUUAGCUCAAUUAGAGGUAAAGUUAAGUGUUCGGUGA